AUGGCGCCGUCGCGGCCGCUGAUGCGCGGGGCGGGCCCGCCGCGGGUCUUCGGCUCCGCGCGCGCCGGCCGGGCCUCGCCGUACGCGCUCGCGCUCGCCGCGCUGCUCCUCGCCUCCGCCUUCCUCCUCGCCCUCAUCGCCUUCGGCGUCUUCUCGCUCCCCGUCUCCUCCCCCGCGCUCCCAACCACCGGCGCCGGCGCCGAGACCGAGUCCUCCGGCGACGGCGGUGGGGCCGCGGAGUCCGAGUCCUCCGCCGGCUCCUCCCGCGCCGCGCGCACCCGCGCCCGCCGCGACCUCAGCGAGGGGCUGGGCGAGCGCGGCGCGCAGUGGACGGAGGUCGUCUCGUGGGAGCCCAGGGCGUUCGUCUACCACAACUUCCUGUCCAAGGAAGAGUGUGAGUACUUAAUUGGAUUGGCAAAGCCUCGCAUGGUGAAAUCAACAGUGGUCGACAGUGAGACUGGUAAAAGCAAGGACAGCAGGGUUCGUACAAGUUCAGGCAUGUUUCUUCAAAGAGGACGGGACAAGGUUAUCCGGGCCAUUGAAAGGAGGAUAGCAGAUUACACCUUCAUACCUGCAGAACAUGGAGAGGGACUCCAAGUCCUGCACUAUGAAGUCGGGCAGAAGUACGAACCCCACUUUGACUAUUUUCUUGACGAGUUCAACACCAAGAAUGGUGGCCAGAGGAUGGCAACUAUUCUCAUGUACCUAUCAGAUGUUGAAGAAGGGGGUGAGACUAUUUUCCCCGAUGCAAAUGUGAACAGCAGUUCCUUACCGUGGUACAACGAACUUUCAGAGUGUGCCAGAAAAGGUCUUGCUGUCAAACCGAAGAUGGGAGAUGCGCUGCUUUUCUGGAGCAUGAAACCAGAUGCCACUCUAGAUCCACUAAGUUUGCACGGGGCUGUCCUGUUAUCAAAGGGAACAAAUGGUCAUCAACCAAGUGGCUGCAUGUUCACGAGUACAAAGCAUAGGCCCUUCUGA